AUGCGGAUAAAAACUGCUACAGAUGGCCUCCUUGAGACUCUGUCGAGUGUACUGGAACUCUCAGCAGCCAAGAAAGUCGGUAUUGGUCUUGCACUGUCAGAUUCUGAUAAUUCAGGCAUGAAGCUGAAAGGGCAACAAUUUGCAAUUGCUCAAAUUGAGGAGUUGUGUUUGAAUCCUGAUCAAUCAAUACCAAACGACCAAAUUCAUGAAAUUGUCGUCUUCCUUCACCAGACCGAUGGCCUGACAAAGCAUAUGGAUACUUUUAGUAACAUUGCUUCUCUUCUAGAAGUUGGACAGAGUUCUUUUUUUGCUCCCAUCCUCAAGGAGCAGUAUGAUGCUCAGUCAAUAAAUCCUUCAAGGAGCUCAGCACACCACGGGAUCUCCACCGGGCAGAUCCGGUGCCUCCCUCGCGUAGUCCGGCGAGCUCAGCGCGCCACGGGAUCUCCACCGGCCAGAUCUGAUGCCUCCCUCCCGGACCCGCGCGCCAUACUACACAGGAUGACGAUGGAAGGGCUCUGGGAGGCGGGGGACGGCGGGAAGUGGCGGACGUCGGCACGAGGCAAAUCAGGUCAGGAUCCGUCGCGGCGACGCGUAAUGGAGGCCACCGACGGCGGCGCUCCAUGGCCAUGGCUGCUCGGCCUCCUGGGAAUAAAGGACAAUGUGGAUGGUGAAAAGAGAAGGGAGAUGCGGCGACGGUCAGAGAGCAUGGAGGGUCUGUUCUUAUUCGAUGAGCGAAAAGAUCGGAGGUCAGACGUGGAGAACUCGGAGGAUGAGAGGACAAGGCUGUCCAUCGGCGGGUCACUCAAUAAGAAAGUGCUAAAUGCGUCAAGCAAGCUUACACAUUCACUCAAGAAGCGUGGGAAGAGGAAGGUGGACCAUCGGGCUUCUUCCUUCACAAUUGAAGAUGUCAGAGACGAGGAGGAGGAACGCGCCGUGUUCACAUUUCAACAAGAGCUUUUGAGCAGGAACUCGCUGUGUGACAAGCAAAAUGACUAUCACAUGUUGCUGAGGUUUUUGAAGGCAAGGAAAUUUGAUACUGAGAAAGCCAUUCAUAUGUGGGAUGAGAUGCUUCAAUGGAGAAAAGAAUUCGGUGCGGAUACAAUACUCGAGGAUUUUGAUUUUGAAGAGCUAUACGAGGUGCUUUCCUACUAUCCUCAGGGUUACCAUGGAGUUGACAGGCAAGGAAGGCCAGUAUACAUCGAGAGAUUAGGGAAAGUUGACCCAAAUAAACUGAUGAAUAUCACUAUAGUUGACCGCUACAUCAAGUAUCAUGUGCAAGAGUUUGAGAGAGCCUUCUUGUACAAGUAUCAGGGCAUGCUUCUACAUCGAACGACGUUGCCUCUGAGGCCCCUUUCUUUGGCUAUUUUCCUUGAUUAUUAG